AGAAGAAGAUGGAGAAAAAAAAAAAAAAAAAAAAAAAAAAAAAAAAAGACGAGUCCAGGAAGAGCAAAUCUAAGAGGGAGCUGCCCGCGCUCAUCAGCUCGCCUUGCACCAGCUCGCAAAUGGCCAGCUCCCCCGAAGCCCCCGAUGUGGUGGUGAUCAAGGAUCCUUCCUUGCAACAGGGGAAGGGACAGGGGACCGUGUGUGAGAGAGAGAGUCUAGGGGGAGGAGGGGGAGGGGAGGUGGAGUGCUCGGAGGGAUGGAGGAGGGGUGGAAGGCGGCGAGGGCUGGAAGGGGGGUGUCCCUCUCUCCUCCUCUUUUUCACAUCUCCCCCACCCCUUUUAUUUUUUUUCCUCCCAAGUUCUCUUGCCUCGCUAUCCCCCCUUGAAUCCGAAGGCGCCUCCCGAUUGGGUGCUGAGUCUGGGUACGUCAGUCAGACUGUGACGUGCAGUCUUCCUGUUUCCUUCAGCUGUGUCUUAAAGUAAAUCUUGUGGAGCGAAGCUCAGCUGUGUGAGCGCUCUGAAAUUAUACACCAUUGCAGCCAGGCAAAGCAGAGCGGCGCAAAAGAGCUCUCCCUGGGUCUGUCUCCCUCCCUCUCCUCUCGCUCUCUUGCUCUUAGCUCCUCUCCUGUCCUCUCCUUUCCUCUCCUGUCCUCUCCUCUCCUAUCUUCUCUUCUCCUUUCCUCUCCUCUCCUCUCUUCUCCUUUCCUUUCCUCUCUCCUCCUCUCCUGUCCUCUCCUCGCCUUUCUUAUCCUCUCCUCUCCUUUCCUCUCCUCUUCUCUCCUGUCCUGUCCUGUCCUCUUCUCUCCUGUCUUCUUCCCCUCUCCUCUGCCCUCUUCUCCCCUCUUCUCCUCUCCUCCUUCUCUCGCUUCUGUCUUCUUUCUCCCUUUCACUCUCUCCCACUCUCUCCCUCUCUAUCGCACACACAUUCACCCUCCCUUGUCAAAUUACAAUAUUCAGCAGCAGCAAGACAUCAGCGUGUGUGUGCGCGCGUGUGUAUUUUCCACUCUCUUUCCACCGGCAAAAAAAAAACAAAACAAAAAACCCAAAAACAAAACAGAGAAAGAGAGAGAGAGAGAGAAAGAGAGAGAGGCUCAAAUCCAUCGCUUUUUGCACUGAGGUCCCGGGAUUCUUGAGCUGUGCCCAGCUGACGAGCUUUUGAAGAUGGCACAAUAACAGUCCAGUGAUGCCUGACCAUGACAGCACAGCCCUCUUAAGCAGGCAAACCAAGAGAAGAAGAGUUGACAUUGGAGUGAAAAGGACGGUAGGGACAGCAUCUGCAUUUUUUGCUAAGGCAAGAGCAACGUUUUUUAGUGCCAUGAAUCCCCAAGGUUCAGAGCAGGAUGUUGAGUAUUCAGUGGUGCAGCAUGCAGAUGGGGAAAAGUCAAAUGUACUCCGCAAGCUGCUGAAGAGGGCGAACUCGUAUGAAGAUGCCAUGAUGCCUUUUCCAGGAGCAACCAUAAUUUCCCAGCUGUUGAAAAAUAACAUGAACAAAAAUGGUGGCACAGAGCCCAGUUUCCAAGCCAGCGGUCUCUCUAGUACAGGCUCAGAAGUACAUCAGGAGGAUAUAUGCAGCAACUCUUCAAGAGACAGCCCCCCAGAGUGUCUUUCCCCUUUUGGCAGGCCUACUAUGAGCCAGUUUGAUAUGGAUCGGUUAUGCGAUGAGCACCUGAGAGCUAAGCGCGCCCGGGUUGAGAAUAUAAUUCGGGGUAUGAGCCAUUCCCCCAGUGUGGCGUUAAGGGGCAAUGAAAAUGAGAGAGAGAUGGCUCCGCAGUCUGUAAGUCCCCGAGAAAGUUACCGGGAAAACAAACGCAAGCAAAAGCUGCCUCAACAGCAGCAACAGAGUUUCCAGCAGCUGGUUUCAGCUCGAAAAGAACAGAAGCGAGAGGAGCGCCGACAGCUGAAACAGCAGCUGGAGGACAUGCAGAAACAGCUGCGCCAGCUGCAGGAAAAGUUCUACCAAAUCUAUGACAGCACUGAUUCUGAAAAUGAUGAAGAUGGUAACCUGUCUGAAGACAGCAUGCAUUCAGAAAUCCUGGAUGUGAGGGCCCAGGACUCGGUGGGAAGGUCAGAUAAUGAGAUGUGUGAGCUAGACCCGGGGCAGUUCAUCGACCGGGCCAGGGCCCUAAUUAGGGAGCAAGAAAUAGCGGAAAACAAGCCGAAAAGAGAAGGCAAUAAAGAGCGAGACCAAGGGCCAAACUCUUUACAUUCGGAAGGCAAGCAUUUGGCCGAGACCUUAAAACAGGAACUGAAUACUGCCAUGUCACAAGUUGUGGACACUGUGGUGAAAGUCUUUUCAUCCAAACCCUCCCGACAGCUUCCUCAGGUCUUCCCACCUCUUCAGAUCCCUCAGGCAAGAUUUGCAGUCAAUGGGGAAAACCAUAACUUCCACACCGCCAACCAGCGCCUCCAGUGCUUUGGUGACGUCAUCAUUCCAAACCCCCUGGACACCUUUGGCACCAUGCAAAUGCCCAGCUCCACAGACCAAACAGAAGCACUGCCCCUAGUUGUUCGAAAAAACUCCUCUGACCAAUCUGCCUCUGGCCCGCCAGCUGGGGGCCACCACCAGUCUCUGCACCAGUCUCCACUUUCCACCACCACAGGCUUCACCACAUCUUCCUUCCGCCACCCUUUCUCUCUCCCACUGAUGGCCUACCCAUUUCAGAAUCCAUUAGGUGCUCCCUCUGCCUCCUUUCCUGGGAAAGACAGAGCCUCCCCAGAAUCCUUAGACUUGACUAGGGAGACAGCAAGUCUGAGGACCAAGAUGUCAUCCCAUCACAUGAACCACCACCCUUGUUCACCAGCACAUCCUCCCAGCACAGCUGAAGGCCUCUCCUUGUCUCUCAUAAAGUCUGAGUGUGGUGAUCUCCAAGAUAUGUCUGAUAUUUCACCUUUUUCCGGAAGUGCAAUGCAGGAAGGACUGUCACCUAAUCACUUGAAAAAAGCAAAGCUCAUGUUCUUUUAUACCCGUUAUCCCAGCUCCAACAUGCUGAAGACCUACUUCUCAGAUGUAAAGCACCUUUCAUCCAGAAGGAUCCCAAAGCGCUUUACAAACUGCAUACAUAGGGAUCACUCACGUACCACUGAAAUGCAGCCACCUGCAGGAGGGUGGAAAGCGGCAGCCAUUUUGAGCCAGCAACACUACACAACAGUAGAUUUCAACAGAUGCAUUACCUCUCAGCUCAUCAAGUGGUUUAGCAAUUUCCGUGAGUUUUACUACAUUCAAAUGGAGAAGUAUGCACGUCAAGCCAUCAAUGAUGGGGUCACAAGUACUGAAGAGCUGUCGAUAACCAGAGACUGUGAGCUGUAUCGUGCUCUGAACAUGCACUACAAUAAGGCAAAUGACUUUGAGCAGGUUCCAGAGAGAUUCCUGGAAGUCGCACAGAUCACAUUACGAGAGUUUUUCAAUGCCAUUAUCGCAGGCAAAGAUGUUGAUCCUUCCUGGAAGAAGGCCAUAUACAAGGUCAUCUGCAAGCUGGAUAGUGAAGUCCCUGAGAUUUUCAAAUCCCCGAACUGCCUACAAGAGCUUCUUCAUGAAUAGAGAUUUUCAACAACUCUUUCUGAAUGUAUGAAAAGUAGCAGUCCCCUUUGGAUGCCCAAGUUAUGUGUAUCUAAAUUUUGAUUUCAUAUACAUGUGUAUGAGAGGCAUAGAUAUGUUUAUGAAAUCAGCUGGUAAUUCUGCCUCCUCCUCAUGAACUCUCUCUUUUUUUUUCUUUUGUGUUGUUCUGUUGCAAGGGGAUACUGAAUUGUCCUUCUGCCUUCAGUUUACUUUUUGCCCAAGGCCCUUAACAUUUGGAGACUUAAAUGGGGUCCAUUUUCAGGGAGAAGAAUUUUGAAGUGGGUAAAGCCUGUCUUAGCAAGGUAGGGCAUCAUGUAUGUGAUGCUUCUGUCAGAUACAUGGCUUGCUGCUAAGUGGCAUUUUGGCUGAGGGAAACCAGCAUCAUGGCACACUACUGUAGACAAUGAAGUUUCCUCUUGUUUUCACUGCUAAAAAGGUCUGAAACUCUAUGGAAUCACUAUUUAAGCUUAGUUUUAUUUUAUUUAGCUAAUUAUGUUGCUUUUGCUUUCAUCUCUAAAAACAGCUAAUGACAUUUUUAGCAGCUCAUUGCCUAAAGUGAUACCCCCAGAAGACCAGAUUUCUAAACAAAACAAAACAACAAAAAGCUAUCAACUUUUUCCUAAUAGGAAUGAUGAUUAUUCCCCCCCAAAAAAUUAAUGACUUAGAUGCCAGUUUCUUAUUGAGGCAAACCGAUUUUGCACAAGAUUAAUCCUUUCGGGUUAAGACUGGCAAUUCAUGCAUGAUGGUCUAGCCACUUCUCUCAUUUUACAGUAUGGUCCUCUUGUUAAAAACAAAAACAAAAAAAAAAAAAACAGAACAUAUUUCAUUCUCCACAAAGUAAAACUUAAAUCUUUUCUAUUUACCCUCAUCUUGCUUCAGAUAUUAAAAGGCACACAAGUUUCAAACCUACUCUUUGCUCAACUUUGCUUAAAGUUGUAUAAAAAACAAAACUCUCUCCACUUGAUAUUUAAGUUCUCCCCCCCAAAUAUAAUUGUCUGAAUUACCUUUAUACAGAAAGAGAAAAAAUAACCCCAUCCUGGAUUUUCUAUUCCUGGUUAUGCUGGAAACUUUUAAAUAGCAAUUAAGUUUGCUUGGACUUCAUCUUGUCAGAGGAACACAUAUAAGAAUUACCCUUCCACCCAUCUACCCCCCCCAAAAUAAAAAAGAUGAUCCUUCAAAUUCACAAGCAUUUAUUAAGCACCUACAAUGUAACAAAAUAAGUCAGUCCCUCACUGUCUUGAUGGAUAUGCAAAGUGAUGACAACCUGAGUUUUCCCUUGCUUUUCUGUGCAGCUUUUAAAAAUGAAUGAUGUGCUACCAGUCUCUUCUAACACAGAAGCUAGUAUUGACCAAAAUAUGAGUAGAGUGAGUGUACAGUAUAAGAAAGUUUGGGAUUAAUCUAAGUGACACUAUCUCAGCAUAAUAUAAGAAAGCUAGCUGCUAGUUCUUUGUGCUUUCUUCAAUGGUUCUUUUUAAAUUAUUAUUUUCAAAUGUAUACUGUCCAAUAUUUACUUUAAAAAAAAACCACAUCUGAUGGCAUUUAUACUUCUUUAUUCUGAUUUCUUUUUGAACAGAUGCAGUAAGAAUUUAUUGUUCAUUAAUGUUUUCCGUCCCUCCCCCUUUCAUCAGGUAUUUUGGUUAAAAACAAUUUUCAUCAAAUGAUUCAUUAACAAAUCUGAUAUUUAGAUCAUAGGAAACAUAAAUAUGGCAUUUCCUUAACUUUUUUUCUAUUCCAAAAUUGCAUUUGACUUUGGAGAGUGAAAGUUUACCCAUGUGACUAAAGAGCUGACCUGAUCACUGCAAUUUCACUUCAUUUAUAAAUACUGCUGAUAGACAGAAAUGUAUGAAAGCAAUUAUUGUCAGCACAAAGCCUUAAAAACCUGCUGACUUCAAAUUAAACAGCCCAAUCCUAUGAUGCCCUGUCAUUAUUCCCAAGCACAGGCAGGAUCCCUGCCGUAUAGACAAUGAAAACAAUAACAUGGGAUGAAGUGCCAGCAGCUUCAAAAUGUGUCAAACACAAAAACACAUCUUUUUUUUUUUUCCAGCUUACUUUUCUUAAAGGAUGGACACAUCAACAGGAUAUGCAUCUUUUUUUUCCUUUUAAAAAAUAUGAUUUGGCAACUAUGGCAUUUAAUAUGUCUACAAUGUGAUCUACAUUAAGUAAAGAGAUGAUCAACUGGUGAUAGACCCCCUUUUGGGGUAUUGCUACCCACAGGAGAAGGUGAUCUACAGGGCCCAAAUUAGGAUCAAGUUAGUCCUUGGCUGUUAAAAUAUUACUGACAUAGUGUUAUACUACUGCAUUGCUAUUGACAACAGGAAAAGGCAAAGCCAUACUUUAUGCAGACUCUGUGGAAGAAUUGCUAUAUCUUUUCUUGAUCUGGAAUGAAACUGAUCCUUCGGUUAUGAUGAGUUGAUUUUUAAAUUACAAUUCUGUCCCCCAACCACACAUACUCUCCACCCUUCCCCUGCACCUUAUUCAAUUAAGUGAGCAAAACUGUAGACUCACACCUAGAUGCUGUGGCAUUUAUUUAGCAAGAGUAAAAGACUCUCGAUCUUCACUGAGGCAUAGAAAUGAUUUCAGAGUAGAAACUGAAUCUGCAGGAAACAUUUCAUUGCUUGGUUCUAUAAAGAAUAAUCCUUCAUUUUGCUUUUGGGUCAGGGGAGUUCCCCACCCAGUACAACCAUAUUAUCUUAUGCCUCUUAGUACAUCAAAAAUGACAAAAAUUUGGGUGACAAAAAUUCUUAUUUAAUUGAAAGUACAAACUGCCAUUUUUCAGAUGGUAUGGCCACUCUCUCUAAAAGAAAUUUCACUAGGUUAGAGAAGGCUAAUUUUUUUUGUGGUGGGGGAAAGUUUAGACAGAGAAAAGAGUUUAAAGUUCCUGUUGAAAUGACCACAUUGCCACUCAUUUUCUGCUAAUUCUGAUUUCUUUCUGCAUACACACUUGAGGUUAUAGUCUGUGCCUAGACCUUAAAUGCACCAGCGGAAGGAUUAAAAAAAAAUCCUUCAAAAUACCAGUUUUUUCCCACAAGUACAAUUGUUCUUGUGCCUUCUGUGGCUUUCAAUUUCAUCUUUUAGACUUUAUUUCCAAUUACUACAGCUGCAAUAAACUCUAGAUUUUUUUUCUGGCUGUUUGACAUAAUGUUGAUAGCUAUGCAUAUUUUGUGUCUUUUUAAAAAAAAAACAAAGCGGCAGACUACGUUUUUGAAGAAGAGAAUUUUUAGAACAGUUUGAUAACGCAAAUUAUUUUUCCUCAAUUGUUUGAGCAGCAUUCAAGUUUUGAAAAUUCUUGUAGAAGCCAAUUUUUUGUAACUGUGGUGCAAAUCUUGUGUUUUCUUAGCCUAAAGAAAAGUAGUAUAGAAGCAAUAUUUCAUAUGAUGUGCUAUACAUGUGUAUGCAUAAGUAUACAUGUGAAUAGACACAUACAGAAUCUAUCUAUAUACAUAUAUAUAUAUGCGUGUGAAGUGAAAAGCUUACCUUUUUCCUAUCUAGAUUUAAGAUCCUAUUUUAGACAUCUGUUAUGUUUUGUGAAAAGAAUGUUCUAUUGCAACUGCAAAACAUUUAAUUCUUACUGUAUUCUGGUUGUUUAAUGAGAACGUUUCACAUUAAAUGGUAUAACAAGUGGAAUAUGUUAGAAUGUAGGCAUUAUUUAAGGAAAUGUUCACCCAUAUAUAUUCCUGAGGUUUGCUUUGUGCCUCUGAGUAUUAUUUAAUUAAAAGUGUUUUAAGUUUGCAGAAUCUUUGUUACUGUACCAGGGAAGUGGGUGAAUACCUUUGAAAAAAAUACAAAAACAUAAAAAUAAAAAAUAAAACAAAACAAAACCAAGAGGGGAACUUUUAUAAAGCAAUGUAAAUAUUUAACCUUAUGGCUGUUCUUGCAUAAGACAUAAGAUUUUAAUAAUGACAUUCUCAAAACAUCUGUUGGAUUUAUUAGGAACACUUCAGUAACUGUAUAGAUAGUUGAAAGCAUUCUUCAAAAUCCAAGCCUCUCUACUUUUAAAAGAUAACAGUCUCUUUCAUCAGAUGUCAAGGACAAGGGUGAUACGGUUUCUGUAAAAAUUACAGAAUUUUUUUUCUAUGUACAUGAAGUCAUUUAAUAAGUAAAACAAAAAAUUCUUUUCCAUAGGUUAAUGUUAAGAUAUAAAGGUGAAGAUAUUUGUGGCUUUAAAACUAGGAUUUUCACCAGCAGCAUUGAUAAAUUUGUAAAUGAAGAAUGGUUUACAGAUCUCCCGGAAUAAGCAUUGUACAUGCGAAGUUAGAGCAAAAAUGAUUUUCCAUGUGUAUUAUAGAGUAUUCAUUGAUGUGACUAGUGCAAAUGUUUCCUUCUGGUACCAACUGUGUGUUUGAAUAUUCCAAGAGGCAUUGUUUUCAAAAAGCUCCCCUUAAAAGAAUGUAACUGGUUUAUAUGAGUAUCAGUUACUGUAUUGCACUUAACUGUUAUGUUGAAGGAAAUGCAAUUUUGUUUUCUGUAGAACUGUUGGUUGUAAACCAUCUAUAAACUGAAGCUAAGAAAGGCUCAUUCAAAGCUGGGAUUAAAAACUGGUAUUUUUUUUUUUUUUUUUUUUUUUUUUUUUUUUUUUUUUUUUUUUAGCCUUUGGGUCUUCUUAGAAACACUUUUUGUGUGGGAUUUGAUGGUUACAAUUCCUUCUCCCAAAACUGACAUUCAGUAAAAUGCAGUCUGUUUGAGAGGGAGCAACAACCAGGAGACGUACAUUUCUUGGGCUAGUCCUCUCACAUGAAGAUUUAUUCAUUCUGUGUUUUGGAAAAACAUAGGUCCUCCCUUUAAGGGGACAAAAACUGUUUACAAGUGUGUUUGAGUUGCCCCCUACAGAAUCAGAAAUCAGACUGAGAAAACCCAUAUUGAGUAGGAUGGAAAGCUCCCUGGAAGAGUCAAAGGUUAAAGUUCACACUGGUAUCAUCCCAGCCAUUACUCAUUUGUAUAUAGUUAAAAAAGUGACAAGACACUGCCUUUAUAUUAUUUAGCAAUAUGUUGUAAAUAGCAUUAAGCUUUUUUUUUUUUGUAAUAAAGACCCUUUAAUUUGAAAAUAGUACAAUAACCGAACUGAUAAAGUCAAUUUUUGAGUUUGUUUUGUUUUGUUUUUUAGCUAGAGGCAAUUUCAACUGUGGAAUUUUUUUGUUGUUGUUGUCUAUUGUUCUAAAGACUUUGCAUAAUUUAUUGGUUUAAUUUAUCCUAAUUUAUUUGAUGAAGGUGUACAAUUUUGUAUUACCAAGGAUGUACUGUAAUAUUAAUUGAUGAUAUGAUUUAAAAAAAUGAGAUUCCCUGUCCAUAUUAAAUAAAUUUUUAAAAGGUGCAGUAGACAAUUGAUUUUAAAGUCAAAGUGAACAUUUUAGUUUGGCAGCUACUAAAUUUUAAAACAGGAAAAAAAAAGACGUUGUUUGGGGGUAGGGUGGGAAUGGGGUUUUAUUUUGUGUGUUUUAAGCUUUUGUAUACUCUCCAAACUUUGACCUUUUUGCUUUGUACCACUUAAAGGAUACAGUAGUUCAAUUGCCUUGUGUGCCUUCCAUCUUCUCUUAAACUGAAUGUAUGUGCAGUAUAUAUGCAAGCUUGUGCAAAAUAAAUAUAAAUUACAAGCUCA